UUCAUAUUCUGGGAAUAUAAUUGGCAUUGCGGUGGAUUCCCCUUCCCGGCAGCUGUGAGUUUCAUUCCGUAUAACCAGCACCGUCCACUUGUCUGAAAGACUGCUCUCCACCAGAGACUUUCACGGAAGCGAAGGGAAGGGGUCGACCCUGAUUUAUUUUGCGUUUUUUUUUUAGGAGGGGUGAACAACUGUAACCCCUUCCCGCCCCCCGAUUGCUGUCAGUUUCUGCUCCACGCUGUUAAGUAUCGCCUCACUGGGAUCAGUGUGUUUGUGUGUGUGUCUGCUGGACUGAUGAGAGAGAGAGAGAGAGCCAGCCUUUCGCAUUUGUUAUGGAAACAGAGCGGAUGUAAAUCUGUAUAUACAAAGGGAGGGACUGCUCCCCCUCCAGUAUCCUGGGCUCCCUCGACAGUAAUUAAACGCUGGAGAACAUCACCAUCAUUUUAGAUAUUUUGUAAUCAACCAGUUGACAGAGGUGACAUCCCUCUGGAGUAAGCUGGACUUUGGAACCUGGCUCUCCUGCCUGAGAGGUAGUGUCACUACCAGUGUACCACCAGGAUCAUUUUAAAAAGGACAGAGAGACUGGGGGACAUUUGUACGUUGCCAACACUAAAACAGAUACAUUUGCUUUACGGGGAUGAGGCGUUCCGUGCUGGACAAGGCGAUCAGCCAAUCACAGCUCACUGUAGGCCUCCAUUGACGUCAUCGCACCAAUCAGCAUCGCCGAGGGCAGGACCAAACGUCAGUCCUGAGCUUGAUAUGUGGCUACAUUGUCAAUGCUGGCCCAGCAGCUGAUCUACUCGUCUCAUUUCACAAAUUUUAACUCAGCCGACCAAAGAACUCUCCAGACUUGGGCUGAUCUUUCCCUCAAGAAACUUCUGGAAGGUUGAGUGUAAACUUUGUGAGAAUGCUUUCCUUCUGGAUCAGUUCCAGCCGCAAGAGAAUGAUAUUGAUGGUUAUUCAAACAAAAAAUGGCACUACGGAGAAAUUUUGCCUCUAAUUUUAGAAGCAGCCGGAGAGUCACCUGACAGCUGCCUCGGUGUGUUUUACCUCACGCCUGAUCGAAAGCAAGGAUUCUUAGUUAAAUCACCGAGCGCUGGAGCUACGAGAGUGCGACUGAGAAAGCUGCACUUCACAUUCGAUUCUUACCUUCACCAGUUAAUUGGCUGAAAUCUGAAAUCUGUCUGAACAAAACAACUGGGUUCAGUGGUGAUCCAACGUCCAACCUCUCCUCCAACCUGGAGAAUCCCACGGGAGCAAAAGUGAAAGUUGCCAAAAUUCUUGGUCAAUGUAAACGUAGAAAAUAGGAGCAGGAGUAGGCCAUUUGGCCCUUCCAGCCUGCUUCGCCAUUCAAUAUGAUCCUGGCUGAACGUCCAACUCCAUACCCUGGCUGAACGUCCAACUCCCUGUACCCUCUGAUCCUUUAGCCUGAAAAUGUGAUGUUUUGGCCUCAAUCACUUGCUGUUCCACAGGCUCACCGCCGUCUGGGAUGACCAGCGUUCUCCUCAUCUCAGUCCCAAGUGGUCUAUCCCAUCUUUAGACUACGAUGUUUGUUUUGUGUUUGUUAUUGGAAUGUCACAGAGAGUGAAACCUGCAAAAGAAGGCACCUCCGAGAGAAGUCCUGUCAUGGAGGGUGGUAUGCAGCUGCUGAACCGUGAUGGCCACAGUAUCUCCCACAAUUCCAAGCGCCACUACCACGACGCUUUCGUAUCGAUGAACCGAAUGAGGCAACGGGGGUUGCUGUGUGAUAUCGUUCUGCACGUGGGCAAUAAAGAAAUCAAGGCCCACAAACUGGUGCUGGCCUCAUGUAGCCCUUACUUCCACGCCAUGUUUACCAAUGAGAUGAGUGAGAGUCGCCAAACACAUGUUACAUUACAUGAUAUUGACCCUCAGGCCUUAGAGCAGCUUGUACAAUAUGCCUAUACUGCCGAGAUUGUGGUGGGCGAGGGAAAUGUACAGACACUGCUCCCUGCAGCGAGCCUCCUGCAGCUGAAUGGGGUUCGGGAUGCCUGUUGUAAGUUCCUCCUGAGCCAACUCGAUCCGUCCAACUGUCUGGGAAUCCGAGGAUUUGCUGAUACACAUUCCUGCAGCGACCUGCUCAAAUCUGCACACAAGUACGUGCUCCAGCACUUUGUGGAGGUUUCCAAGACUGAGGAGUUUAUGCUGCUGCCAUUGAAACAGGUGCUAGAUCUUAUCUCCAGUGACAACCUGAAUGUUCCUUCUGAAGAAGAGGUGUACAGGGCUGUGCUGAGCUGGGUCAAACACGAUGUGGACGGAAGGCGCCAGCACGUACCCAGACUGAUGAAAUGUGUCCGUCUGCCUCUCCUGACUCGCGAUUUUCUGAUGAGUAAUGUUGACACGGAACUUCUGGUCAGACACCACUCAGAGUGCAAAGACCUCCUAAUCGAAGCCCUCAAAUAUCACCUAAUGCCUGAACAGCGGGGAGUCCUCAGCAAUACCCGGACCAGGCCUCGGCGCUGUGAAGGGGCCAGCCCUGUCCUCUUCGCAGUCGGUGGUGGUAGCCUAUUUGCUAUCCACGGAGAUUGUGAAGCCUAUGACACAAGGACAGACAGGUGGCACAUGGUAGCCUCCAUGUCGACUCGGCGCGCGCGGGUAGGCGUAGCGGCGAUUGGGAACAGGCUGUACGCAGUUGGGGGGUACGAUGGCACUUCUGACUUAUCGACUGUUGAAUCCUAUGAUCCGGUAACCAAUUCCUGGCAACCAGAGGUAGCCAUGGGAACAAGACGGAGCUGCCUUGGAGUGGCAGUGCUACACGGCUUGCUGUAUGCGGCGGGAGGUUACGAUGGCGCCUCGUGUUUGAACAGUGCUGAGAGAUACGACCCACUGACUGGAACGUGGUCGUCGGUAGCUGCAAUGAGCACUAGGCGACGAUAUGUCCGAAUUGCAACACUAGAUGGAAACCUCUACGCCGUUGGUGGAUAUGACAGCUCUUCGCACUUAGCAACAGUGGAAAAGUACGAUCCACAGACCAACACGUGGACCACUAUCGCUAAUAUGCUGAGCCGUCGGAGUAGUGCUGGCGUGGCAGUGCUGGAAGGAAUGUUGUAUGUGGCUGGUGGGAAUGACGGAACUAGCUGCCUUAACUCCGUGGAAAGGUAUAAUCCAAAAACCAACACUUGGGAGAGUGUGGCACCCAUGAACAUCAGAAGGAGCACGCACGACCUUGUAGCAAUGGACGGGUGGCUUUAUGCAGUUGGAGGCAAUGACGGGAGCUCCAGCCUUAAUUCCAUUGAAAAAUACAACCCUCGCACCAACAAGUGGGUGGCAGCUUCAUGCAUGUUCACACGACGAAGCAGUGUGGGCGUCGCUGUGCUGGAACUACUGAACUUCCCCCCUCCGUCUUCUCCCACGCUCUCUGUCUCUUCGACCAGCCUCUAAUGCCAGAGUCCCCGCCAGGCCUUACCUCGUGAUGAACACGGUCCUUUUGGAAGCAGCCAAAGUUUGCUGCCCCUGGAUUUGUGACGAGGAAGCUCUGGGUGCUGUUCCUCCUGCUCGACAAGAACAAAAAAAAACGGGCUGGAUUGCACCUGAAGUGGUGAGCGUUCUGUGAACAAAUCUGAAAUUUGCCAAAAACAGGCAGCGUCCGAUUGAAUGAUACAGUGCAACUGCCCACCUGCAAUGGUCUGGUCACACAACCUGAAAGGUGUCAUUUGAGGCCGAGGAGGAGUCAGGUCUGAAACCUCCAAUGUUCAGGUGGGGGGGGGGGAAUUGUGUUUUUUUGUUUGAAUGCCCUAUCUCUAUCGUAAGAGUCGGCACAGAGAGCAACGCUGCCGGUGUGUUGGAAAAUUUGGCAAACGACAGAAUCUCUCCAUAACUCAACACAUCACCACCAGGAAAGUGCAAACUGUUGUUAUUUCUGGAAUUUUAUCUCACGUUUUUCAUCGGUAUUUCCACGGCAUGAUGCACAGUGCUUUAAUUCCAGUGAAAAUAUAUGACAGCCCAACCUUGGCCGUAAUGGCCCAGCAAUGGACACUGACCACUCUCUUUGAGCCCCUCUCCUCCACAACUCCACUUUUAAUGACUUUUUGUUUAAAACCUCACUCUGUUAUCUUCAAGGCUAUGUAGCAUAACUGAUUAUACGACAUAUCAACUCCUUCCUGAGUACCUUAAUUAACCAAGGUAGACAACAGCAGUGCACAGAAGAUAUGACAAAGAGAGCUUAACAACUGAAUAGACCUAAUUAUUCCACCUCUUUUUGUACUGAUCAACAAAAAUAAUUCAUAAAUUGAUUGCAUACCUCGUACUUUUGGUAAAAUAUAAUCUCCAGGAGAUUCUACUGUAGCACUUGGAUUUUAUCACUCAACUUGUACUGUCAAUGAGAAGUUACCACUGACCAGAGGUGAUAAUGUGUGUUUAAUUUAAUUUUUAUCUUUUAAAUGUGAAGUUUGUUGUCUUUUUAUGCAUUUUAAUUUUUUUUUUACUCUAUUAUAUUUCUGUGUAUUUUACUUAAAUGAUUGUCUACCUCUGGUCAGGGUACUGUUGCCAGGUAGAAGGGCAAAGAGGGGAUCUUGUGUGCUGAUUUUAUGGGGAAGGUAAGGAUUGGGGAUGAAUCCAAUAAGCAUUGUGAAUAAUGCUUUCUUCCCAAAUAAUGAAUAAUGCUUUCUUCCCAAAUUUCUCUUCAGUAGCACGGACAAUACGUAAUAAUGAAAUAUAACGUAAUUUACCUUUUUUUGGUUUUCGCCCAUGCCAUUUUGGUUUCUCAUGUUACUAUGUCUUUUAGGCGAUAUGUUCUCAUCCAUUUCUGUAGCAAAGCCAGUGUCGCAUUAGAAGCUACUUUUGGGUAAAUGUCACUGAAUCAGGUAGCUCCUCAGUGUGUGUAUAAUCACACAGAGUGUGUGCCGAAAAUUCCCAUCAUGCAAAUGGUGUCAUUAUUUUACAUGCUCGUGCUUCCGAACCUCAACAGAUUCCUCCAAGUUCUCGAGAUGGAUGAUUGGGUACGGAGGGGGUAAAUCAAUAAGGAUAAUGUCAACUGGGACAGGUCUUGUUACCACCCCCGCCCAAGCCUAGGGCACAGGAAAGCUUGUCCUGCUGCUAACUCCUGUCUGGGGCACUAAGUUGAGGACAUCAUCAGAUUUGACUGUGAUGGUGUCGUAGUAAAAUAGUCUGCCAACUGACAGUUCGGUAGGGAGAUGGGUGGCAUUGGUGUUCCUGAUGAACUGGCAUAAUAUUGGUCGCAGUCUGUAAGACAACCCCCUCCCCAUUUUGCAUCGGUUUUCCGAAGAUGUAAUGGUGGCCAAUCAAGUGAGAUCAACCCCUUUGUUCUAUCACAACUCUCGAUCACCGCCAUGAGGUGCUGGAGAGCCAUCUGUAUUUGAACUGUGACCCCCCCCCCCCCAGGUGCCAGCAGUUUAUUUUAGUCACCUGACCUAAAAUCUUGGAAGUACUCAACUUUGAGGGUAGAAUCAUCAAUCUCUCUCCCACAUCCCUGGAGCAGUAGCUCUCUAACAAAGCUUAAAUUGGCGAUACUUGGCACUGCUGAAUAGAUUCUCUCUCUCCCCAUCUCAUUACUCAUCAGCAAAGCCAAUUCCACCUACUUUCCCCUUGUUCUUGCUUUAGCCAGUCAUCCGUCUGUAGUAAAUGUAAAAUAAACCUCAUGUACUGGGUUACACUGAAUGUUAAUAAAUGAACCAGCUAGCAUGUAAAUAAUUGCUAAAGUAAAUCUAGGAAAUGUAUGUUUCCAGCAAAACAAUCUCUUGUUGUACAGAAUGCAGUUGUAAAAGGGGUUUGACUUUGGGUCUUACAGCGAUUUUCACCAUGGUUUCUAAGGAAAUUAUUGUCAGUUUUGAAACCAGACCUUUUCAGUAGAUUACCAAAUAAUAGUUAAAAUGGGUUUGAAGUUGUUGAAUUCUAAAUGUCCAUGUUUUUAAUUGUUUUUGUUCCACAGUGAGUGUCUGAGGAUGUGUUAACUCAAACCCUAUAGAAUAUUGUGCCAGAUGUCCACAUGAUGGUUUCACCAGCCUUCGUUCUCUGACUUCAAUGAACUUUGCACCUUGACUCCAUUUGUCUUUGUUAUUGACCGUGGCCUCCAUAUAGAAUAUUCUUUGUCCAACAAGGCUCAAGUCAUCUACAUCAUGUAGUAGGAUUCUAUACAAUAGAACUUUUUAAAAAUUCCUUCCAUAAUUGAACAAAAUGCAAUGUUUGCGCUAUGCCAUUCUUGUUUGUAACUGUUUCUGUCCUAGACACCUUGACUGGAACAAUUAGAUUAUCCAAACACAAACUGUUUGUGUGAUAAUUCAACCCAUUUCCAACCUGUCUCAGGUCUUGGGAAAACACGGUUAAGUUUCUCCAAGAGCUAAGAAGUUUAAUCCUAUUAAUUUUGUCAUUUAUGAACUGACUUACAGUAUAAUUCUUUAAAAAAAAAAGGCACAUAUGUUUAAUUUAAUAAGAAGCUUCACUGUAAGGCAUGGAAAAUGUGUACAGCAUCUUUUUAGCUCUUAGCAAAGCUGUUAUUAAAUGAAAACCAAUACUUACAUCCCUCUUUCAGUCAGAUAUUUGGGAAACUACAUGUGCACUGUGCAGUGAUUUAGAAUGUGUUUGAGUGAACCUAUAAGAAUUGUGGGUACUUUUGGAUAUAGUUUCACGACUAUGAUGUUUACCUGUCAGUCGUUUGGAACCUUUGCCUUGUCCCUUCAGGGUUAGCUUCAAUGUAGCAUUUCUACUCCCACCUCCCCACACUGAAAAUAAAAGUAGAUUUAUCUGCUUCAGAGAUCCCUCGCUGGCACAGGGAGCUAGGUUUCAGGUUAGUUUGUGCAAGGUGGUAAGGCAGGCUGCAACAAAGGUACAAAUGCACAAACUUGUCGGUCGUCAAAAUAGUUGAUCCUGAUUUAUUUUUCUAAGAUUACAAUUCACAAAUGGUGUGUGUGUGUGUGUGUGUGUGCGCGCGCGCGUGAGUUUUUUUUUUGUCAAUUAGAUAAUCAGACCUGAACAGAAUCUAGUACAAUGGUUUUGUUUUUAUGUGCAGGUAUGAAGAAAAUGACAUGUUUGAACAGGGUGGGUGAAGCACCGUGGGUUUAGUUUAAUUUACAGUUAAUAUAUGUGAAACUUGUCGCUUAUUUAUAUGUAAUUUAUGUUGGCAAUACUUGUGUGAAAUGUUUUCAUUAUCUUUGCACUACACUUUAAAGAAAAGCAAUACAAGAUUAUGUGUGAAAUAAAUGUUUUUUCAUUA